AUGAGCAUUGCUUUGAUCAAAAGAAUCGGCAAAUCGGAAGCGCCCACGAUCCACUUCACAGCCUCUAUGAAGUCGGAGAUCGGCAAGUCGGAGAGGGUGAACAUGGGCAGGCAAGAUACAUUCUGCGAACUCGGUGGUCUAUCAGUCAGUGGUUAG